AUGAGCGAUGUUAGAAUGUUUGCCUUGUUCUUAACCAUUUGUGUUUUAAUAUCGUUUAUAGACUGUCACUGGAUAGGUGGUUGGGGAGGACCCCCUAUCGGAGUGGGUGGCUUUGGCUAUGGUUUCGGGGGUGGCUUCGCGAGAGGCUUUGGGGGUGGUUUUUACGGACCCCCACCGCCCCCAUUCUUCGGGCCGCCCCCUCCACCCCCUUUUCCAUUCUACGGU